UUUCCUUUUCUUCUUUUCUUACUUUGUUUCACAUUUCAAAUCGUCUGGUCUCUUUAAACCUUUCUUUGGCGUAUUUUUUCAGCUCAAUUAAUUUGGCAACAUUAAAAGAGGGCUAAAACAAUGCUGAGCUUCGGGGUGUUUCGGCAAAUAACCGGGCGCUCGCUGACAGGCUUUCCGACAGCGUUCCCCGCUGUGUCCGCAAUGGGGCUUGGGCGGCGGCUAAUCAGCACAGGCGGGCCCGGCGAGGGCAGCGGCGAUAGAGGCGAUGCAGCAGCGGCGGCAGCAUUGGCGGCAGCAGCAGUGGCAAAUAAGCGGGCAGUUGUUGACCGCAGACUGCAGUUUGCAAACAGCUUGAGCAGCCAGAUCAGCAACACGGGCUCGCAGGUGGUCGGGCGCUCUGUCCCCGUUGCAGCCGGCAGCGCAGUCAAGGCGUACGGGCGGCUGAAUCGGAUUCUGUCCGAGAACAAUGUGCGGCGCGAGCUCAGCCUGCGUAAGCGGUACGAGAAGCCCAAGUACAAGCGCCAGCGUCUGAAGCGCGAGGGCCACGCGCGGCGGUUCAAGGAGGAGGUGCGCAAGAAGGUGCAUCUGAUCAUGCAGAUGAAGAACUGGGGCAUGUAGUGAGAAAUAGCUGUAGAGGCCAAGUGCAAAUAAAAAUGUUUUUCUUUCUUUCUACGAGACAUAUGCCGUGGAGUUGAUGAGCUGCAGCCUGUGCUGUGGCUGUGUGCUUUUUUUGGGCGCGUACAAGCAGCAGAGCCCACCACCAGUGCAGUGAUUGUGGCUGCCUCUGCACAGUGGCAUACACGGGUGCAAUUUUAGAAAAGCAGUGGUAUCGAUGAUUGAACACAGCGAUUGCAAACAGUGUGAUGUGAUGAGCGUUGCGACACCUUUUCUUUUCCUUUUGUA